AUUCAAACAAUAUUCUUUUAAUAUCUCUAUCUCUUCCUCCUGAAUUCAUGGGGGAGCACAUAACAGUUAUGAUACGGGUUUCAAAUGAUCAUCUAAUCAUAAAAGGAGUGGACGAAGCCAGCCAUAAAUACUUUGAGAAAUCUAUUCAAGUAUCCACAAAUUUUAAUAUUGGCAAAACUAAGGCAAGCUUUUUACUAGGCCUCCUUAGUGUAGUCAUCCAAAAACUACCACCAACAUCAACAACACAAGUCGAAAAGACUGACCCAACCAACGAAACGCGACCAUCACCCUCAUCAACAAGAGGAGACUACGAAAAAAAGAACAAUCCCAUUGAAGCCGGUGGUUCAAUAAUUGAUGAGAAGAAUGAAGACGCAACAGUAUUGCGGAUGAUGGGAGAUAAUAAGGCUAGAACUUGUAGCGAAAGUGACACAGAAACUGAAAAACAGAUUAAGAUGAGAAGGGAGACGACGAUGGGGAUCACUAUCAUCAUCGUUGCAGCUAUUGUGGCAUUAUCCUCAUUGAUCUUUAGUCAUCUCUAUUCACAAGUUGACAUGUGAUUAUGAACGCAUAAAUUGAGUACAUAUGUAUGUAUAUUUAAUCUAUAGAAUGUGUGAACACUAAUAUAUUGAUAUCUAAGACAAAAGAAUAGGGAAUAAUGCACAUUCUUAUUCCAAUAAUUGCUCUGUCCAUUU